AUGGAUACUGUCCUGGAAUACGAUAACGACCUUGAUAAUACUUCUUUCCCAAAUGACAGCAUCGAAUAUGAUAAUACCUUUGAUUAUGAAAGCCAGAAUAAUGUGAACGUUCUUUAUCGCUUGAUAUUGGUCCUCAUCUGCCUUUCGGGAGCCGUGGGGAACGGAGUUGUCAUCCGACUUCUUGGCUUCCACAUUAAGAAGAAUCCUUUUAUCAUCUACAUUCUGAACUUGGCCGUUGCUGAUCUGGGGGUCCUUGUAUCAGCUACAUUUCAUGCUGUUAAUUUCUUGUUGAUAUUUCAUUAUGGUUUUCGCAUUACUUACGCAUUGUUCAUGGCCCUGUUCUUAUUAACGUACAGCACUAGUCAAUUUCUACUGACUGCUAUCAGCAUUGACAGGUGUGUGGCCGUCUUCUUCCCACUUUGGCAUAAAUGCCACCAGCCAACGUGUUUGUCCAGUGUUGUUUGUGCACUCAUCUGGGUCCUCUCCUUCCUGCUAACUGCAGUUACCUACACUCUCAGAUUUACUGGAUAUUUUGGGAUUGAGGUACAUUUCCAAUAUAUUGUGAAUGGGCUGCUUUGCCUUCCAAUCAUGACUGUUACCACUGUGGCCCUGUUCAUUAAACUCCGUUUAAAAGCACGACAGCAUCAGAGGAGGAAACUUUUGACCGUCAUCUUGCUCACCCUGGUCUUCUUCCUUUUCUUUGCUUUCCCAUUAAAUACCAUGUUCAUCCUUUUCUAUUUCGACAUUUUCUAUUUCAGUCAUUUUACAGAAUACAUAUUAUACAGUGUAAUACUAUUAGCCUGUCUAAAUAGCAGUGUAAACCCAGCUAUCUAUACUCUGGUUGGGAGACAAAGGAAGUCUAGAUGUAAGGAGAACAUGAAGAUGAUCCUCCAGAAAGUUUUCAAGGAAGAAGAAGGCUGUACUGAGAGUAACCACACUUGA